UUCACUGUGGUAGUGUCGUUCUUUUCCGGUCGGGAUAAUCCACAGUUUAUUGUCAAAGGUAACCAGGAACUUAAAGCGCGAAUGGUUGAGGCCAGAGACAAUGGAUGGUUCGGCCUGCCUGCACAGAUGCCGGCUAGACUUGGCUACAGAGGAAUACUGGUGGAGGAUAAGAUUACCAAGAUUGCGGGACUUCUCGUUGGACCGAAAAGUGCUAAACUACAACUGGAGUUGCUUAGGGGCGUUCAACUUAAAGAGGGUGAUCGAAAGGAAAUUGAAGACGACAUAAACUCAGGAAUGAUCGAUUUUGAAAAAGCUCCUAUUUUCGAAGUACGAGGAAAGCGUUAUGCACCUCCUUACGACCCGGCUGUGUGGAAUGCAUUGGAGCCUGCCUACAGGAGACAAAGGUGCAAUAACUGUUAUAACUACGCGAAUCGCCGUGCAACGGAUAACAGAGCCCAGCCUGGAAAUGGUGGUGGACAGCAGUAUACCGUCGAUGCUGUUGGUGCGGCAAUAGCCAAUCCGUACACCGCUGCAAAUCUUAGAGCAGCCGCGCUAAGAGAUGGCUUGCUUCAGCUCAACCCGCACCCAGCACCAGCUGAUCCAGUGCCUGGAGCUCCAAAUCACCCUUGGCGCCACUUGGUAGCACUAGUUGUUAGACCAGGUAUGUGAAAAUCACGUGAUUAGAUCCCGGAGUGGUGAGCAUGCCCCUCUAAUGGCCGAUACGGGGAGGCUCCGCCCCAAAGGGGGCCUUUUGUUCUGGAUCAGUAUACGUUUCUGGGGAACUGCCCACCGACCCCUCCCCUAAGCCAACAUUUUGCCCUAAGUGAGAAGUAAGUGUUAAUGUUGGCUUAGGGGAGGGGUAGGUGAGCAGUUUCCCAGAAACGUACAAUUUAGAACCUCUUCCGUAUGGCAGGUUUUACGGAAAAUUUGAAUAGUGUACCGUAAACUUCUACUUCUAAGCCCUGGGCUUAUGUAUCUCAGGUAAGGGACUUUAGGGGGGCUAAUGAUAUACACGGAGAGUCUUACAUCUGAAACGGCCUAUAAUCGAAAGAUAAAACACGGCUAGAAGCAAGCUAUAAGGAUCUCGACACUGCUUCGCUGGUUAUUAACCGAGCGGAAAUAAUAAUAAUAAUAUAAUAAUAAUAAUAUAAUAAUAAUAAUAAUAAUAAUAAUAAUAAUAAUAAACUUUAUUUAUAUACCGCUAUUUCCAUAUGCUCAAUAGCGCUUUACAGAAUUCAUACAAAGCAAAAAAUAAUAAAUUAAAAACUUACAUCGAAUGAUGAUAAAAGGAACACCAGACGAAUUACAUAAGUUACAAUAAAAAUCCUAUUUAAAAAUUCUAAGCUGCAAUUAAAAACUAAAUCCCUAAAACUUAAAACGAUAACAUCUGAAAGAUAUGUGAUUUGAUAUUCUAUAAUUAUAUUACAUUGGCUAAACCUAGUCCCCGUAAGUAAGUUUAAAAAGGUAAGUCUUAAUGUUGGUUUUAAACUCUGAUAAUGUGGCGCUUCUGCGAAUAUACUGUGGAAGUGAGUUCCACCAAUGAGGUUCUGCAAAAAAGAGAAAGACCUUUGGCCAUAGGUAACUACACUAACUGAUGGUACCUUAGUAGGUUCCUUUUUGAGGAUCGCAAGGUCCUGGUCGGUACGUAUGGCUUAAGCAAUUCUUUAAUAUAGGCAGGUGCUAACCCAUUGAGUGCUAUAUAGGUUAUCAGUAANAUAAUAAUAAUAAUAAUAAUAAUAAUAAACUUUAUUUAUAUACCGCUAUUUCCAUAUGCUCAAUAGCGCUUUACAGAAUUCAUACAAAGCAAAAAAUAAUAAAUUAAAAACUUACAUCGAAUGAUGAUAAAAGGAACACCAGACGAAUUACAUAAGUUACAAUAAAAAUCCUAUUUAAAAAUUCUAAGCUGCAAUUAAAAACUAAAUCCCUAAGACUUAAAACGAUAACAUCUGAAAGAUAUAUGAUUUGAUAUUCUAUAAUUAUAUUACAUUGGCUAAACCUAGUCCCCGUAAGUAAGUUUAAAAAGGUAAGUCUUAAUGUUGGUUUUAAACUCUGAUAAUGUGGCGCUUCUGCGAAUAUACUGUGGAAGUGAGUUCCACCAAUGAGGUUCUGCAAAAAAGAGAAAGACCUUUGGCCAUAGGUAACUACACUAACUGAUGGUACCUUAGUAGGUUCCUUUUUGAGGAUCGCAAGGUCCUGGUCGGUACGUAUGGCUUAAGCAAUUCUUUAAUAUAGGCAGGUGCUAACCCAUUGAGUGCUAUAUAGGUUAUCAGUAAUAAUUUAAAAAUAAUACUUUGACUGACUGGAAGCCAGUGGAGUUGUUGUAAAAUAGGCGUAAGGUAACCAUACUUCCUACUUCCUGUAAUAAGUUGUGCAGCAGAAUUAAGUCUGUGAAGCAGGCUGGCUAUAACAGUGCUGACGAAGAUAAGUUUUGUCUUGAUUGUUAAAUAACGUUCGAAUGCAGUUGAGAGCUUAAAAGAGAGGGGACUUAUCAACUUUCUUGCCCUGAAAAGAGGGGGGGGGGGCUUAUUCGAGAGAGGGGCCUUAUUCGAGAGGGGAGGCUUAAUAGAGGAUUUACGGUAUAUGGCUUAUUUUAGGGAGUACCCCCCCGGAAAAUCUGUAUAUUAUACUUCCUCUCCAUCCUAUCGCCCCAAGAGAAGGAAUUCGGACUCUGGAAUCGGAAAACUUUUGCCUGUGGAAUCUGGAAUCUUGGACCUUGGAAUCCGGAAUACAUCUGUGGGAAUCCGGAAUCCCACUAACAAUUGAAAUCCGGAAUUCAAGUUCCACUGACAAAGAUCUGGAAUCCAGUAAUUAGAAUCCAGAAUCCAAGACUGUCUUGGAUUCACUUACAUGGGGCGAGUCCUAAUUGAAACCCAGUCCCUGAUUGUUGAUACUAAAAUGCAUUGCUGUUCUGCUUCUCUAGCUACAGGUUUACGCGGUGGAGAUCAUCACUGGUAUCGACUGGAUAACAACGGGCAGUGGUCGCACAAACCUGGUGAGACACGGGUCAGACAGACUGACAACGGAGGAAACCCAAUCGUAGACCCAAGGGUUUCCAACAAUGGUGCUUAUCAGUUCGCUUUUUUUAUGAUCUCAGAUCCAUUCACAAUUCACAUAAAUGGCAAUUUUGUGUGUCCUGCGUGA